AUGACUGGUAUUGUGGAUAUUGACUCUGAUUUAACUCAUAAUAAACUCAAACAAAAUAUAUUUAUAUCGCAAAACUUUAUAACAAUUGAUAAUACUGUCCGUCGACCGCCUACUGGCUAUUUGGAGCCGUUUCGGGUCACUUGGAAAGGAUUGUCUUAUAAGGUAAACGAUAACAAACGGACAAUAUUGAACAAUGUAUCGGGUAGUUUCCAAAGUGGCCAAAUCAUGGCCAUUAUGGGCCCGAGCGGAUCGGGAAAGUCGUCUCUGUUGUCUUGUAUUUGUGGAUAUAGCAAAACUGGUCUCUCCGGUGCUAUCACUAUAUCUACUAAACGAAAAGUCAAGUUUGCGUUUAUAGCUCAAGACAAUUAUUUAUUGAACAAACUGUCUACACGGGAAGCGCUGGUAUUUGCAUCUAAAUUAAAAAACAAGUCCUAUGCCGACCAUUCAAUGAUAGCUAAAAAUGUUAUGGAAAAGUUGUCCAUAACUAAAUGUGCCGACAAUAUGCCCAAUAGGUGUUCCGGUGGUCAACUUAAGCGGUUAUCCAUUGCACUGGAACUGGUGUCCCGGCCUAACAUAUUAAUAUUGGAUGAACCAACCAGUGGCCUGGACUCGGUAACCACUUGGCAACUAAUUAACACACUAAAAGAUUUGACUCAACAACUUGAACCGGUAGCUAUAGUGCUCACUAUUCAUCAGCCGAGUGCCAAACUGAUCAGUCUGUUUGAUAUCGUAUAUCUAUUAUCAUUUGAUGGUCAAUGCAUUUAUAACUCUUCUCCGUAUAAAAUGCUGAAAAUGUUUGCCGACAACGGAUUAAAAUGUCCCGAUUUUACCAAUCCGUCAGACUUUGCUCUCGAAGUGUCCACCGGUGAGCACGGAUUGGCCAAAGUUAUGAUGUUAUCAACGGUUAACAAAAUUGAUGCCUUGGAUAUCGAGGAAAAUGAUUUUCAUAUUAGGAUUAAGGCACAGAAUAAUACAUUCAAACAGACAUACCUAUUGACUAUAAGAUCAAUAGUAACAGUAUUACGGGAUCCGUAUUUUAUAUUAAUGAAGAUAACUGGAUAUAUAACAUGUUCCGUAUUGAUUGCUGCCAUGUAUGGCGAGGACAGUGGUAUACUAUCGGGUUGUGUAUCAGAUUUCAAUAUAGGUGACGGUCAAAAUCUAAUGAAAAAGUUUACGGAAAUUGUAGCCGACAUUUUAGAAAACUGUGUCGGCAUUGGAUUUAUUUGUGUGUUUGGAUGGAUUAUGUCUAUAUUUCCAGUUUUAUUGAUAUUUCCACAAGAAAUGAAUGUCUUUCUAAAAGAAUACGGUAACGGCUAUUAUUCGGCAUUUGCUUAUUUUAUGUCAAAAGCGUUAAGUGAUAUACCAUUUCAGAUAGUGUUACCAAACUUAGGCUCAAUACCUGUCUACUAUCUUACCGGUCAAUAUUCUGCUGAUUGGUGGCGUAUAUACACUUUUGCCCUUAUUUUCAUACUGAUCUCAUUCAAUGCCAGUGCUCAUGGAUUUUUAAUCAGUGCUAUACUACCAGAUAAUCCAUUAGCCUGUGCUUUCAUUGGAUUACUAAGUAUUAUACCUAUGAUGUUACUAUCAGGAUUAUUGAUCAGUAUUGAGGAAAUACCAUUUUAUUUUCAAUACUUUUGCCAUAUAAACUACUGGAAGUACGCUUUAGAGGCUGUUCUCCUAAACAUAUAUGGUUUCGGUAGGUGUCGACCGGGAAGAUUGAAUAGCACUAUAGAUUCGCUUAUGACACAUAUUUCCGAUGAGAAACUCCUAGAAAUCUAUUCAGUUAUGUCCGAUAAGGUCAAUGUCGACAAACUGUUGAAGAAUAUGGACAGUCUUAUGUUAGGACUGUCCGAUCAAAACUAUUCAGUUGUGUUAAAUCGGUUCAAAUUAACUAAUUUUGAUUACUAUUUUGCUUUUCUAAUGAUGACAAUUAGCAUUAUUGCACUCAGAUUAUUAGACUUGAAAGUUGUAUAUUCUUAA